CGUUCUCCAACAUCGUUUCAAAAAAACCCACCUCCCCCCUCUUCUCCCGUCCUUCCUCCCUUGUCUCUCUCUAAUUAUCUAAAGCCUCAACAACCCCCAAAAAAUUCAACAUCACUGUCUCCUUUCUCAGAAAAAUCAAAUUUAAAAAAUCCAUCUCCCUCAGGCAGCUCACUGAUCUCAGAUCCCUGUUUCAUCAAUUAAUGCGUUACCGGAAACGUUAGCGUUGAUUUAAAUCUGUCUCUCACUUUCUCUUAUUUUUGUAUUUUAAUCUGACUUAGGUUUUCAACUUUGGAUCUAUUUUAGGUUUUUCUAUCUGGAUCGAUUUUGAAAAAAAAAACAAGUGAUGGAGAGUUCGGAGUGCGUGAGAGUUGCCGUUAAUAUUCGGCCGUUGAUCACACCAGAGCUUCUCAUUGGUUGUACAGACAUCAUCACCGUUGUUCCUGGAGAGCCGCAGCUUCAAAUCGGCUCGCAUUCGUUCACUUAUGAUUAUGUAUACGGGAGUACCGCGUCACCUUCUUCAGAGAUUUUCAAUGAUUGCGUUGCUCCACUGGUUGAGGCACUUUUAAAUGGCUACAAUGCCACCGUCCUCGCCUAUGGCCAGACUGGUUCGGGGAAAACAUAUACAGUGGGGACCAAUUACUCUGGAGAAGGAAGUGAUAGUGGAAUUAUACCAAAAGUAAUGGAUAGUAUAUUUAAGAGAGUGGAGGCUGCUAAUGAAUCGUCAGAGUUUUUGAUACGGGUUUCAUUCAUCGAGAUAUUUAAGGAAGAGGUGUUUGAUUUGCUCGACACCAAUUCGGCAGCUUUCUCUAAAGGUGAAUGGGUGAAUGCGGCAAAGCCUGCAGUGCCUUCUAGAGUUCCAAUUCAGAUCAGAGAAACAGCAAAUGGAGGGAUCACACUUGCUGGUGUUACUGAAGCAGAAGUUAGAAGUAAAGAGGAGAUGGCAUCUUAUUUGUCGCAAGGGUCUUUAUCUCGUGCAACUGGCAGUACUAACAUGAACAGUCAAUCUAGUCGCUCGCAUGCUAUAUUUACAAUUACCAUGGAGCAAAAGAAAAUUUCUUCCUGUCCAAUUGGAGCAAAUAAUGAUGACAUCGGUGAUGACAUAUUAUGUGCAAAACUUCAUUUGGUUGACCUUGCUGGAUCAGAACGUGCGAAAAGAACAGGUGCAAAUGGCAUGCGUUUCAAAGAAGGCAUCCAUAUUAAUAAGGGUUUGCUGGCCCUUGGAAAUGUGAUAAGUGCACUGGGGGAUGAGAAAAAAAAGAAAGAAGGGGGCCAUGUUCCUUAUCGCGAUAGCAAGUUGACACGCUUGUUACAGGAUUCUUUGGGAGGAAACAGCAAAACAGUGAUGAUUGCAUGUGUUAGUCCUGCUGACUCAAAUGCGGAGGAGACCAUGAAUACAUUGAAGUAUGCAAAUCGUGCUCGCAAUAUUCAGAACAAAGCGGUGGUCAAUCGUGAUCCCAUGGCUGCUCAAAUGCAGCAAAUGAGAAGCCAAAUUGAGCAAUUACAGGCUGAACUAUUAUUUUAUCGUGGUGAUGCAACCAUUCCAUUCGACGAGCUUCAGAUUCUCAAACACAAAGUGUCGUUGCUUGAAGUGAGUAAUGCUGAAUUACAACGGAAACUUCAAGAGAGACGACUCACCUGUGAACACUUGAAUCAAUGUGCUGUUGAUGCUCAGGUUGAAAAGGACAAAUUGAUAAUGCAAAUUGAAUCAGCUCGAAAUGGUAAAUCCUGGGAUGAGAUUGACUCCAGUAUAAAUCAGGAUUAUGAAUUAGUCAAAAUGUAUGUGUCAAAAAUUCAAGAGCUGGAAGGAGAGUUGUUGCAUUUGAAAAACUUGUCCACCUCAAAGCCUAAUCAAUUUGUUGAUUAUCUCGACUCAGAUGAUGAGAGGUUCCGCCCAAAAGAUGAUUUACUGCAAUCUCUAAAUGAGCUUUCAUCCAAUUCUGACACUAAAGCAGCUGACAUUUCAGAUGAAGUUGAAGACGAGGAGAAAGAGCAUGAGCAUUCUUCUCUGCAAGAAAAAUUGGACAGGGAGCUGAAAGAAUUGGACAGAAAACUAGAACAAAAGGAGGCUGAAAUGAAGCGUUUUACAAGGAUGGAUACUUCAGUUCUUAAGCAACAUUAUGAGAAAAAAGUUCAAGACUUAGAACAAGAAAAGAGGCUUUUGCAGAAAGAGAUUGAGGAAUUGAGAUACAAUCUUGCCAAUAUAUCAUCUACUUCUGAUGACGGUGCUAAAAAAUUAAAGGAAGACUAUCUUCAAAAGUUGAUAGUCCUUGAGGCACAGGUAGCGGAGUUGAAGAAGAAACAAGAUGCUCAAGCUCAAUUAUUGAGACAAAAACAAAAGAGUGAUGAGGCUGCAAGACGACUAAAUGAGGAGAUUCAGAGAAUGAAGACUCAAAAGGUUCAACUUCAACAUAAGAUCAAACAGGAGUCUGAGCAAUUCAGGUUAUGGAAGGCAUCAAGGGAAAAAGAAGUUCUUCAGCUUAAGAAAGAGGGUAGGAGAAAUGAGUACGAGAUGCACAAGUUGUUAGCUUUGAAUCAGAGGCAGAAAAUGGUCCUACAAAGAAAGACAGAAGAAGCUGCCAUGGCUACAAAAAGGCUAAAAGAGCUUUUAGAAUCAAGAAAGAUGUCACGUGAAACUUUCGGUGUUGGAAAUGGCAAUGGCCCUGGAGUUCAGUCCCUAAUGCAGGCAAUUGAGCAUGAACUUGAAGUCACAUUACGGGUACAUGAAGUGCGUUCUGAGUACGAGCAUCAACUGCAAGUGAGAGCUAGAAUGGCCAAUGAAAUGGCAAGGUUAAAGGAAGAAGGAGAGAUACUAAAACAAACUAAUUCAAAGCAGCUAACAAUGUCUCCUGGAGCUAGAAAGUCGAGGAUUUUUGCUCUUGAAAACAUGCUUGCUGCUUCUUCUAGCACCUUGGUUUCCAUGGCAUCACAAUUGUCUGAAGCAGAAGAGUGUGAACGGGGCUUUAGUGGAAGGGGGCGUUGGAAUCAUGUUCGGUCACUUGCUGAAGCAAAAAAUGUGAUGAAUUAUCUGUUCAAUAUAGCAUCCUCCUCCAGGUGCUUGUUGUGGGAUGAAGAAGUUGUCUGUAGAGAAAAGGAUACGGAAAUAAGAGAUCUGAAGGAAAAAGUGGUGAAACUUAGUAGUCUAGCGAGGCAUCUUGAAAUCCAGAAGACGGAACUUAUUCAUCAAGUGAAGUCAGAGGCGCAACAGAGCACCCCCAUCAUAUUGGAUGAUAUGGAUACAUCUGAAUCAGAACAUUUAGAUAAUAAUAUGACAGAUGAUGAAUGGGUACAAUCAGAGAAAGAGGCGACAGAUGAUGAAUGGGUAAUGUCAGGGAAACAGCGAGGAAAGAAAAGAAAUUCCAAAACCAAAGGCCGUUCAAGUACAGGAGAUAUCCAUGAUCAAGAAAACUGCAUAUCAGAUUGUUCUGGUGAGGCAGCCACUACUGUUCAAGCAUGUUGUGCUUGUAGUAAAUACUCUUCAUGCAAGACAUCCAAGUGCCAAUGCCGAGCAUCUGGGGGUUUUUGUGGGAUAUCAUGUGGCUGUAUGCCAAAUAAAUGUUCUAAUAGAGGAGCUCUCGAGAUAAAUGAUUCGACACUUGGAUCUAAUGAAACAGAGAAGAAUCAGGUCCUUGUUUCUCAGGGUGCAAUGCUGCUACAAAGUGCCCUAGUUGAGAAGCCUGUGGAAACAAACGACGAUAGUGUGGUUAGAAGGAAGCCUCUAUCAGACAUAGGCAAUAAAGUGGCCAAAUCCAAUGCACCAAAGGCAAACCAGAGAAAGAAAUGGCGGAAAUCAGUAAUUCAGCUCGUUCCUGUUCCCCCACCCAGUACAAAAUCAGAAAACACUGAAGCCGCCCCCCAAAAGGCGGUGGGAUCAAAUGCACCAAAUGGUGCAAGUGAAGCAGAUAGUAGUGUAAUUGAGGCAGAAAUUCCUUUGAAGCUGCCGAGGGCUAUGCGAUCAGCUGCACCAAAUGUUGGCAUCCUUUUGAGAGAGAGGAAUGCUGAUCAAGCAGAAGAAUCAGUAAAUAAGGAGGCUGUUGUGCUUCCUACAAGAAGCAGCCCCCCCCGCCCGAAAAGAAAAUCUGAUGAGAAAGAGAACUGUGGCCGCUAACUUCAGCUUGCAUACCAUUAUCUCCAUCAAAGAGCCAUUACACUAACCAUUAAGCUUAUUUUUCUUUUUUGACUGGAUUUGUUUGGGAAAAUGGAGUUGGAGAUGUAACUGAGUAUGAUCAGUUGGUACUCGACUCUUUGCUCGGUUGUGAAGGAAGAUUGUGUAGUUGAUUUCUUUCUGGAAAUCAAACAAUACAGUUAGAUCAGGACUCUGUCAUAUCUGUCUCUCCAAUGUGGUGCUAGAUUCCUAAUUGUUUUCUACGAACUCUUUGAACUCUUUAUUGAUAUUGAUACGGAUGGAUUCUGUGGCC